UGGAAGGUCAGAAACAGUCAGGACAAACGGAGUUUCCUGGCUGAGGGAAUUUCAGGUCUGAUGGCACCUUACAGAAUGCCCUUUUCUGCCCUCUUGGCAGUUUCUCUGCUGAUUUCUUCAAGUGGGACCAAGACUGGGGAGGAAAUCAAUGAAACAAUCAUCUGUACCAAGGACCUGAUUGAAGUGGAAAUCCCAAGUACUUUCUUUCUAUCAAAGAACCCUCCAAUAUUAAUCUCUGAUUUGCACCUUAAUGAUCCAGAAUGCCAUGGCGCUGAAGUAGGAAACCUAUAUGUGUUCAACAUUAAGACCAAUUUCACAGAUUGCAGAACAAGAAUGGAAUCAGAUGGCACUCACAUUAUUUUCAUCAACACCAUACAGAACAACUUCUCUGAUAUAAUCACAAGAACUUUUAUCAACAUUACAUUUGCCUGCCGAUAUCCUAUUAGUUACAUGGUACAGCAGCCUAAUGGAAAAAAUAAGAUCAGUGUUGAUAUCAGGACCAUCACACUAAACACUGAAGAUGGAAACUUUUCUGUGUCCAUGAUACUUUACAAAGACCCACAUUUUGAAGACAUGUGGACUACAAUUCCCCUUUUGACUCUAGAGGACAACAUAUUUGUCAAAGUUAAAAUGGUUCCGGGUAAUUUAAUAAUUCGGCUUGAAAACUGUUGGUCUACCCCGACAAAAGAUCCUGUUCAGGCUAUUCAGUAUUCCUUUAUUAAAGACAGCUGCCCACAAAUGGUAAAAGAUGAAACCUUGUCAGUAAUAAUGAAUGGAGAAGGUGAAGAAGCAAUGUUUAGGAUCCAGAUGUUUAAAUUUGUUGGAGUCUCAUUCAAUCAUGUUUUCCUACACUGCACAGUUCUAAUUUGUCACAAUACAGUAUCUGUUUGCAAACCAAAUUGCACCAACAAUGGUAGCCUGGUCAGAAAUAAAAGAGAAGCCACAGCUUUUUCUAAUCACAUGGUGUCUUAUGGUCCUAUAAACCGAAAACUGGUAGAUAAUGAAGAGACCAAUAUAAGUGAAAGAAGAUUUCUGCCAAUAGAAAUGUUAGUCCUUGGAGGAAUUCUAAUAGCUGUUCUGGUGAUAAUUGCAGUUUUUGGAAACCUUUUGUUUCAGUCAAGAAGGACAUACCCUGCUAUGCAAGCACAGCUGACAAUGUCCCGUUUUCAUAUCUCUGAAGUACCAGCAUGACAAACUGUUAUCCAAU